CUCAGUGACACAGUUUCCGUCGCCGAGGACGGUUGACUGCAGAGUGACGCUGGGCUGGGGGUCGUGUUACGGGUCGGGAAACCGAGUGGAAACUCCCCCUCCGGACAAGUAACCGCCUCGCGUAAAUACAACCAGCAUCUACAACUUUUUUAUUAUUAAUUUAGUGGCGCGCUCUGCUCCGCAGCAUGGCGACGCCGACGCCGCGUGGUGACUGUGGCCAAGUUUCGUGCGUGCGUGCGUCACGCGUGCAUACCAACAUUACUCUCUUCUACCUCUCAUCACAUAUUAAUCAGCUGCUAAACUGAUUGAACAAUUAGAACGUUUUGUAAAUAAUUUUACUGUCUCAAAUAACUGUGCCAAAUAUUCAUGCUUUAGUAGGAGAAUCAAUUAAUGGUGGAGAGAGUAGAAUGUAUAGUGCUGUGAUAAUCAAAAAACGGUUCAUUAACAAAAUUGUGGAACAGUUUGAACGUUCAAGAAAACUCAUGAAGCUCUGGCUUUCGUCGUAGGUUUCGAAUCGUUUCUUAAGGCAUUGCGGUUAUGUGGGUAGUGGUUCUGGUGCUGGUGGCACUCCCCCUGGUGCCCAGUUGCCGAAUUUCCGAGUUCUCCUGCCGCAACGGACGCUGCGUGCGUCCCGACGCAUAUUGCGACGGCAACAACGACUGCGGCGACGAGUCCGACGAACCCCGUCAGUGCACAGUUUGCAACCGAACGUAUUACGGUGAAGUGGGAAAAACGUACCUACUCACUUUGGGAAAGCCGAGAGAAGAACGACUGCCUUUUCUAUGCCACAUCACAUUCACUGCCAACGGUCAUAUGCACGGUCAAUUAGUUCAGCUGAUAUUCGACGCAUUUCACAUAGGGCGGUUCGAGCCGUCGGCCCUGGACGGUUGUCCGGACGGACACAUGCAGUUGUCCGAACUCGGUCGUCCGUUCACGGGUGGCUCGUGGUGCGGCCUCGCCAAGGGAUUCGCCGUCUACUACAGCGAAACCAGCACUGUCACUAUCACGCUCCGGGUCUAUCAUAGCGCAGCGCCCUUCGACUUCAAACUUAGAUACAAGUUCGUGGGCGAAGAGGAGGCGGUGGUGCGGUUCGGUUCGGCGCUGGCGCCACUUGAGCGGGGGGAGGCGGUACCUGGCACCUACUGCAGCCGCAACUUCUACGAGUGCUACCGCAAGCGGUGCCGUCUGCAGUCGCCCAACUACCCGGGCAUGUAUCCGCGCAACGUCACCUGCUACCUCACCCUCCGACAGAAGACGGUGCCCACCUGCAAGCAUGCCAUGAUCUCCGUCCGCCAGGAGAGCUCGCACAAGAUGCAGAUCAAGAGAGCGGUAUCGCAAGCGUCACUGUCAAACCUGAACCAGACGUCGGUGGAGCUGCGCGCUUGGUCCGAAUGCACGGGCGAGCGCGACCACUUGAUCUUCUAUGACGGCGACUCGACCAACGACCCGGUGCUGGUGAAGUACUGCGGCGGCGACUGGUUGCCCCGUGUGGUGUCACGUGGCCCCCACAUGCUGGUCGCAUUCCACUCGUCGCCGUUCUCCGUGCCGCUGCACUCUGAGACCUCGCCCUCGCCCCUCCGCGGUUUCGAGCUCGAUGUCGACAUUCUCUUCUCCGACUCCAACUCACUCGACUACUCGCGCAGCUCAAGAAAAUGCGAGUUCUGGGUGAACGCGUCGCACCCGGACACGGAGGACGCGAAGGGCCGAUCGCGCGGUCGUUCGGGCGACAUCCUGAGUCCGCGCCACACGCUGCCACCGAACACCACCUGCACGUACCGCUUUGUCGGCCAGCCGACCGACCAGGUGUGGCUCUACUUCGCCAGCUACUCGCAUCAGCCGCUGCUCGGCAACAGUUCGACACACAGUUCGGCGCACAACUGCUCGACGCGGCUGCGGAUCUGGGACGGCGGCGGCGGUCAGCUAAUGGCCAAUCACUGCGGCGCGCCGCGCCUCUGCGACCACUCGGCGCUCAACAACGCCACGCGCAUCACGCGACCCUGCGCCGCGCAUGAGAGCUACAUCACGCGCACCUCUCAGCUCACCGUCCAGCAUCACUCCGACGAGGGCACCGCGCUGCAUCCCGCCACCUUUCGCAUCAGAUACGAAUUCGUGGACACACGGUACGUGGGCGAGCCGUGGCCGGGCCGCAAAGGCGAAGACCCGCCGCCACAGCCGUGCAGCCGCGUGUUCCGUCGCUCCAAGGCGGGCAGCAUUCGGCCACCCAAGGACAUCUUUCUCUAUGGCCGCGGCGGGGCCACCAACCUCUCCUGCCUCUUUCGCAUAGAGGCCGCACAGAACGAGCGCAUCAAGCUCACCAUCUACAACGCAUCGUUCGGCGAAAACGCUGAUUGCUCCACCGAAACUGAUCUGCAUACUGGCAGAUCGGUGUGCCAAAGGAUUCGCCAAGACGAUAGCAUCGGAAGCGACGACGACAGCGAUCGCGCGACAAGCGCGCUACACGUGUUCGAGGUGCCGUGGCGCGACGUGAAAGUGUCGCGCGGCUGCUUCUGCGACAACAGUAGUCUGUCACCACGGGGUGGCCAGCCGCUCACGUUCGUGUCUGCGUCGCGCGUCUUCGAAAUCGCGUUCAACAUCGCAAGGUUCAACAUCACCGAGGACUAUCACGACGUCUACUUUAACGCUAGGUUUGAAACGAUACGCGGUCCGGAUUGCCCGAGGAAGCAGAGAGUGCGGGGAUCAGGGGGUGAAAUAGAGCUGGUCUCCCCACCCAAGGCGAAAGCUGACAAAUACUGUGAUGGCCUGCCGUGGUUGGUGGAGGCCCACGAAAACAAAAGCCUCUUCUUGCUCACCUGGGGUCACAUCAUGACCAAUAUUACCAAGGAUGAUCCACUGGCCUGUACCACUAAGAACCGGGUGCUGCUAUAUACUGGAAAACCUAUAAGAUUGAUGAAAGUGGUGUGCCCAGCGCCGCCGCAGGACCGCAAGUUUGCGGUGCACGUGUUCUCGGAGGAGUGGACGAAGGGUGAGGCGAUUGGGGGGGCCGGGUUGAUGCUGCAGCCCCCCCGACCCCCCAGCUUCCUGCUGGAGUUCAUAGGUCGUGAGGCCGGAUCGGCGGCUCUCAGUUGGUUGGAGAUCUCUCGCACCAAAUCGUCGCUCAUGCAGUUGGCAGCUGACUACGGGGAGCCCGCCGAGCCAGCUAACGACACGCUCGACUGGGAGUGUCCGCAUAGAUUGAUGAAAGUGGUGUGCCCAGCGCCGCCGCAGGACCGCAAGUUUGCGGUGCACGUGUUCUCGGAGGAGUGGACGAAGGGUGAGGCGAUUGGGGGGGCCGGGUUGAUGCUGCAGCCCCCCCGACCCCCCAGCUUCCUGCUGGAGUUCAUAGGUCGCGAGGCCGGAUCGGCGGCUCUCAGUUGGUUGGAGAUCUCUCGCACCAAAUCGUCGCUCAUGCAGUUGGCAGCUGACUACGGGGAGCCCGCCGAACCAGCUAACGACACGCUCGACUGGGAAUGUCCGCAUAGAUGUCCGGAGCUGAACGCGUGCAUCAGCUCGAGCCUCUGGUGCGACGGCCGCUCCAACUGUCCGUCGGGUUUCGACGAGGCGGAGACGCAGUGUGGCGGCGUCGGUCGGCGUCUCUUGGCGCGGCUGCCGGCCUACGCGAUGCUCGGUGGCGUCGCAACGGGAGUCGCUGCCUGCUGCGUCCUGGCCGGCGUCUUCGUCGCCUACCGACUGCGAAUCCAGCAGAAGCGACGGCGGCGACGCCUCGGCAAGGACCGGGGCUCAUCGACGGGGCCGCAUCGGGUGCCAACCGAGGAGAUGCUCCUCGACCCCUCCUCGUCCACCACCUCCUCCUGACACCCGCUGCCCUCCGUCGAGUUCAUCCACAUGGACCGCGAGACCACUGUGUGAUGCGACGGUAGGAUUCGCCUCAUAAACUCUUCAUAGUGAAAUUAUGUUAGUGUAAUCAAGUCAACAGUUAUUUUGUUGAUCGACUCUACCGGCUCGCCACCAAUACAUGAUCGGCUUCGGAUCACUGGAAGGUGAGUGGGCGACCUCAGACAUUCAAUUUAAAUCACAAUCACACAAGAGUUCGAGAAACUACUGAAGUCAAGAUUCCAAAAUCGCAACACACCACGUAUUCCAGCCUUUAUCACAGAUUUAAUUGUUCAUUUGAUUUAUGACAAUACUAAUAAAUUUCAGUAACAGCAUAAAUAAAAAUUUUAUAUUAGUUUUGAAGUAGAGGGGAAAUAACGAUGAAGAACUUGUGUUGUUUCUAUGCAGAACGAAUCCUUUUAGAGAGUCCUGUUCUGUUUAGAUCCCGAUUUUUUAAAUUUACAGUAUAUUUUGGUUAUGUAAGAUGAGAAUUGUCGUGAUCUAUGAUGAUGAGACGACGAAUCAUGAUUGGAUAUUCAAGUUUAUUACCAACAAUUUUUAUUGGUUGUAUUAAAGUAUUAAAGCUAUAUAUAAAGGUCAAUAGAUCUGAGAAACAAUAAUUUCUAAAUAAAUGGUUGUUGAAGGUUGAAUCGCACGAUUAGCAGGUUAUCAUAGAUCACGAUGUUCUAUUCACUGUAUGAUCUAAGAUACUAAUUCUUGUCUCAUGAAGACUUGCCUUAAACUGGUCCUCUAGAAUGAAGUGUCAUCCUGAACCUCUAAUUUGAGCAUCCAUGUAUCAGUGAUUAUUGACUGAUAAGUAUUGCUUCUAGAGAAACAUCAAAAAUAAUUUCAGUAAUAAAGAUUGAUACGAUUUAUAAAUGGAAUGUCUAAGGUGUGCCUACGAUUUUGGGAAAGAGAGAGUAAAUAUCAGUCGCAUCAUUUUCAUGGUGAACUUUGGAACUGAUCUUAAUCAAUUCACAUGAUUCAAAGUGAAAUUAGACGUUGGGAGAUUUUGAUUUAUUGCGGGUUAUUAUCGAAUUCAAUGGUGAGCUUUAAUUGUAUGAUACGGAAAUUCAAUAAAUCUGAAACAAGAACCAAUAAAAUUAUUGUCAAAAAUUACCAAACAUCAUGUAAAUUUUGCGCAGUGACCGCAUUCUCAAAGCAAGAACAUGAUUCAGGUUUCUAAAUUUGCUAAUAAAGCAGUCCGAGAGAAACUUUUCAUGUUUACGAGCCAUGAAAGCGAUGCGCUCAUGAACUCUCUGCCCUGAAUGCUCCGGUGACCCGAAGGAAGAACUAUAAAGUGUAUACUGCCACUUACUUUAGUUAAUUCAUAUUAAUUGGAUGUUUGUUGUGAAGCAGGGGUGUUAAUUUUUAGUGCCAGGUGCUACGACAUAUUUACUUAGCUGCUCAAGAAUCAUGUUGCAGGGUGCCUUACCCAGAGAUAAGCGUGUACAAAUUAUCCGCAAUCUCAACAUUAUUAACGAGUUGAAAAGUUAUAUACAAUAAAUUAUUACUAGUUAUCUUGUAGACUAAUUAAUAGAGACGAUUUAACCAAUUGUUGCCAUCAUGAAUUUGCCAAAUAAGAUAAGAUCUACUAAUAAGAAACUAGGAUUACUAAAAAUAUGAUAUGAGUGAAAUGUGAAUAGGUUAUAGGAUACGGUAGUUAGAUUCGACACACAAAAGUAUUAUAGUGAUAAAGUCAAUCUCAAUGUGUUCCUUCAGCGUUUUAAAUCGCUAAUGCAUAACGUUUUUCUUUCGUAUUUUUCUUCAUCAUUCAAGUACUAUUGUGAAAACAAGCAUGACCUGUGUGAGUUUUGCAACCCAGAAACAAGAAUUGAUAUAAUUCUGGAAGUGUGUGAUCCAAAAGUUCUGUUUACAACAUACUAAUAUUUGGUAUUCCCCAUUAUCAGAAUUCGAGCUCAGUUUCGGAAUAAUGAGAAAGAUGCAUCAUUAGAUAUCUUAUUAUCCGUGAUAAAGAUGAAAAUCGUCUUAAAAGCUACAAAUGAUACUAACAACAUAAAUAAUAAUUAUUGACCACAAAGUUGGCGUUGGAAGUAUAGGAUCUGAAAUAGUGACUUAGUGAGUAGCAUGAUAAACAAUAUUCUCUGUUGAAUUGCAAUUGAUACCGUAUAUUAUAGAUAGUAUGAUUGCAAAUCCACAGAACUCUUUUUUUGUACUUUAAAAUUCGGUACCUAAUUCAUGAGUAAUUGGAGAGAGUUACAUUAUUAGUGAUUGAGUAGGGAUCAACUUCUAAAGAUUGAACAAUCAAUACAAGCAAUAAAAAUUCAGUGAAUCUUGGUUAAAAUUCAUUGUACGUAGAUUGUACUUCGGAUUAAUCAGAAUUCUCUAUUGAAGCAAUAGUUGAUGAUUUUAUACUAUGAUUUUCAUUGGAUGAUUUCAUGAAAUUUCUAGUUACAAUAAUAUGAAAAUGUUGUUGUAUUGGCUGUAUAAUGCAAGCGAACAAAUUUUUGGGUGUGAAUGAUUAGAUAGAAUUAUAUAUUUUAUACUGAAAAACUAAUAUAUUGUAUACAAUAAAUCAACUCCCAUUAUUAGAUUCAUACAAGUUGUAUGGAAUAAAUUAUAAUGUUCGAGGAAUAAUAAUUUAUAGAGGAAAGAAAAUCAUGUAUUAUAUUGUUGAUUGUUUAUAUAGAAUUUUCAGUAAUGUUAUACUUCUAAUUAAAGAAUUUAACACCAUCAAAAUAUGCAUUAAAAUAAAUCUUCUAGUGAACUGUAGAGAAUCUUGGAAAUGAAACUCUUCUUGCACUUUUAAAACAUGCACAAUAUUUUCGAAUAAUAAAUACCUAUGUUGACAACAUUCAUCAAAUAUUUGUAAAUAAUGAUGGAAACUGAAUAGAUAGUGGAUAAAUAAGAGUCGACAAGAAUAGGAUUCAUCAAUUUGAAUCACGUGAGUUGAUCAAAGCUGGAGAUUUUAGAUCGAAUUUAAUAAAUUGUAGUGGAGGUUUCUAUUCCAACUCUUCCGAUUCCUAAACUCUCGAAACAUUUUCCGAUUAUAUGAAAAUAAGGAGAUGAUAAUGGCUAUUGCUUUAUAUUGAAGACUGCUCCACGAAAUUCAUGCCAAUUACUUAUCUACCAUGUUAUGAGAAUAUCAUGGAUUUGAACUGAGUUACAUUGAUUAUUUCUGUAUUAUCCUCCGUGAAACUGUGUUUAAUUAUAAAUGAAUUGAGAUUAAAAACCUUCAAUGGAAGUAGGAGUGAGUUUAACAUGAUUUCUGAGAAUGUUCUUUUGAAUAAUAGGACGUAGAUGCUAACUUUAUAUUGAUGACACCAAAGGCGAACCAAAUAUUAUGAAUUAGUAAUUAUAGGAAUAUACAUUUGAAAUGGAUAAUAUUGUAAGUAGGAUUUGAAUACCCUUUUGAUCAGUUAUCUCAAAUGACGUCAUCAUUUUCUCUCAAGACUUUAAUUAAUGAGAAACUAUGUAAUUGUUGAAAAGUUCCUUUAAAGAAUGGUAUAUGAACAGUCGUUGACUUUUUUCUAAUUAUCAAAAGAGCAAAUACGAGUGAUGAUGGAUUUUGGAAAUUGUAAUUUCCAUAAUUAAUAUGAUUAAUUUGAUAGUUAUUUAUAAAUUGUUUGAUAAUAUUUUGUAUUAGCAGGAAUAUCGAAUGACUGUCCCGAUCCGAUUUCCAACCUUUCUACAUAACUCAUCCUUCGAUUCUGGAGAUAAAAUUGAAAAAAUAUAGUGCUAUGAGCAUCAUACUGAAUAGAUUUUCAGUUACUACUAAGUAGAAAAUUAUUAUGAUUAAGAGCUUAUUCUAUCAAAAAUAUAUUAGAUAAUUUUGAAUUUUAUAUAUUUUCUCUAUGGCCUGUUUUGUUUGUAGGGUAAUAGACAAAUUUAAAUUAUAAUAAAAGCGAAUUU